UCAAAGCGGCGAGUACCGGUCGGACUGCAAUUUUAAACGGAGUUCGUGGGCCGGCACCGCUGUACGUGGCCCCCUUCCAUACCUCGCGACUGUGGCACACCUCUCCGAAGGUAGUUUCAAACAUGUUACCAGCCUUAGUUGGACUAAAACCACGCAAUAAAGGCGACGAUUGCUCGCAAGUUGUUCGCCAAAAUCCAGCCAAAUUAGCCGAAAGCUUUAGCAAAAUGCGUGUGAAUGCGGACAAGGGAAAAUAGCGCGCGACGCGAAGUCAACCGCGAAAAUCGAAUUUUCCAAGACGUGGAAAUAGUAAACAAGUGUAUUGAUUUUGGGUGUCGCGUGUAUUAUUGUGUUACAUGGAAGUCAUGCGCUGUGCUAGUGGAUUUGUUUUUGUUAAAACGUGGUGAUUUUGUGCAAAUUCGAAUAAAUCAACUGGAUCAUGGUUGGUUUAUGAUAUGGCGGAAGUCAAACCCCUGUAUUCGACAUGUGUUGCUGUUUUGGGAUUUAUUUGUUUUGUAGUUGGCGCUACUGCCGUCGGAAUACCCAUGUGGGGGUAUUUCGACACCCCGAGUGCCAGACCAGGUUCGGAUGAGGAAAGGGGCUACUUUGGACCGUGGAAAACUUGCAAAUUGCGCUUGUACAACAGGGUAUGGUGUGGAGCGGAGACGUCCCGAUUUAGGCCAUCGAUUGCCGUGUGGGCGGCAGGAUUGGUAGCCGCCAUCGGGGUGUCCGUCCUCGGAGUGUUCUGUUUCCUCAGCGUCAUCCAAUUAGCCAUGCUGAGCUCAAAAGAAAAAGUUAUGAUGAAAUACAGCGUGGUCGUCAUAACGAAAUUAGCAUUAGGACUUCUGGCAACUCUGUUGGCGAUCGCCGCAGCUGGUCUUUUCGCCUUACAAGCAGAUGACAGGGAAAACAACGGCUUUGAAAUUAGUCGUGGUCCCGGAUUUUAUAUUCAGAUCUUGUUGAUAGUCUUAACGGUGAUCCUUUUUGUUAUGUCAAUAUAUGAUGUAUUAUUUGCGAGACGAGAGGGUGGAGAUCCCACUACGGUUGCUGUGCCAAUGGAAGGUGCCACGUACGGAAAUCCCGGUUUCAGGGAACGUUCGAAUGGUAGGGGUGUUUCUGUGACGGAUGCCAGCGGGAAACCUUAUCUUCCGGCAGCUUCGAAUGGAAGUAUGGCUUCUAUGAACACCACAUCGACUACUAUAGGAUCUACGAACGGCUCGACAGCCGGCUCGUCUUCAGUAACAAGGUCUCCACUGAGAUCUAGUUUGAAGAAGCCUAAACCCAAGGACGGUUUAGGUAUCCAAAAUCCUGGAUUUGCAGGAACAUCACCUACGUUAUCUAGGAAUGGUAGUACGAAGAAAGUUCGGAUACAGACACAUAGUACGGAAGUGUAAUAUAAGCUUUAUGUGCGAAGUUACAUAUUUAUUUGCGUUGAAUAAGUACAAAAACGAACACUAAUUGGCUUAACCCUCAAAGUGCACUUACAAUUAUAUGCAACAUUAACUUCGUGUUCUGUUAUCAGAAAACAGGUGACAUGUAUAUAUGAUAUCAUUAAGUACAUGACGUUGUAAAUAUCUUUAUUAAGCUAAUGAUUAUUGACACGUAUUUUUAUUCCGUCCAAGUUACAACAAAGUUGUACAUUUUUUAUUAUUUUGUGUUAGACCGUUUAUAUAUUUUAUUGUGUCCGUUCACAGAGCGGAUGAAUUUCUUUUUUGACAUAUUUUAUUAUUGUUAUUUCGAUGAUUUAUCUAUGCUAAAAUGGGUUGGGCACGUCUUGUACAAGACGAAUGAAUUAAAGAGUCUAUUUUUGCUUUAACUAGAAGCUAGAACUAAUUCAAGUUAGCAAUUUGUAAAUAGUCAAAACUAAAAAUUAUUGUCAAUUGUUUGAUUGUUCAUGUUAGAUGUUUCAGUACAGAUUCUCCAUUUUGUAUAAUCAUUAUAUUCGUGAUUUUGCUACGAAAAUUGGGCUUUUAUUUCUGUAUUUUUGUGAUACCUACUAAAUAGAUAUGUAUCAUACGUAAA